AUUUAACCAAAAAAGAAUUUGAUUCCAAACAACACGAGGAAAGUAUAAUGAAAGUGGCAUAUGGUGUUAUAGAGUAGUCAAAAAGUAACAGCCCACCAUCCCUUCAAACAAAGGGAAGCUAAUGAACACAAAAGCACUCUAAACAAUGUUCAAGAUGGGGAGCACAUCAUCAAAGACAGAGGUCAUGAAGCCAUUAUUCCUAAAAGCUGGCAUACCUCUGGUUCUUUCUGCUGCUGGUUUUGUUUAUGCCAGGAUUGUUCUAAGAAGAAGUACAAUAGCUAAACCUUUUCCAUUGCAAACCACAGUAAGUCCUGUAUUAGAUACCAUUGAUUCUAACGAUGAUUUUAUAGAUGAAGCAAGCAUUCAUAGUCUCCAGUCUACAUCUUCACCCAUCAAAGAUGAUGACCAGGAGCACAUGAUCACAAGCUCCCAGGUUUGUAGUUCCACAGUAGCUUCACAUAUUCAUUUUGAAGAGGAGAUAUUAGGUCUAAAAAAUGAAAUUGAAGAGCUCCAAAAGAGAGAACGCAGCUUGGCGAUGCAGUUUCUUCGCUAUCGUGUUAUGAAAGAGCAGGAUUCUGUGCUUGAGGAGCUUAAGAACAUGUUGUUAUUGGAGACUGCUCGCGUCAAGUUCUUGGAUAGGGAGAUUUCAUUAAUAGAAGCUCAGACACAAGGGUUUGAGAUUUUCAUGGUGGAGUGUCGUAGAGUUCUUGAACAGAUUGAAUUUGCUAAAAAGGAAAAUCGGUUGCUUGAAAGAAAGGUAAAGAAGCUUUCGAGAAGAACACGAGAGCAAUCACGCGUUAUAGGUGAAAAGAACGCAAGGAUUAAUGGUUUAGAAGCAGAAAUAAUGAGAUUCUGUGAUGCGCUAGAGAUGAGGACCGAUGUUAUCAAGAAAUUGGAUGAUGAAGUUAGGGAAUUUGAAGCUGUUGUCAAUCGACUACAGGAGGAGAAGAAUGAUCUUCUGGUGAAGCUUGACGCAGCAGAAAGUCCAGCUUCGUUGAUCUCAAAGAUUGAAGCAGAAGGAAUAGGAAUGGAAGAUUAUAAUAGGCUUGUAAAUGAGCUAGAACAACUACACAAGGACAGAGCAGCUGAAACUACAGAGCUUAUUUACUUAAGAUGGUCAAAUGCAUGCUUAAGGCACGAGUUGAUGAGAAGUCAUGGACAUCAACAACAGCUACAGCUACAGAUCGAGGACAAGAAAAACUACUUGGAAUUAGAGCUAGUAGGUCGAGAAAUUGCAGACUGUGACUUGGAGCAGCAGCAACAGCAUGAGGAACCUUGCUCAGGUGUGGCCAGCAGUAGUAAGACGUAUUCAAAGAGGAAAAGGUUGCUAAAAAAGCUUAAGAAAUGGGUGGAAGGGGAUGAUGAAGGCAUGCAAUCAAACAUUGAUGAAAAAGGAAAGCAUGAAAUCAAUUGCUUUGGAAGGCAUUCUGUUUCAGAAGGGGCCGAGGAAGACCACCAGAUUUAUUCAAGGAGGUCUUGUUCUAGUGCAUGAAAACUACUUCCAUAACAAGCUGUCUUGCUUGGAGAAUGUUGUUCUAACCAUAUGGAAAUAACUCAUCAUGUUUAAUGAAUUAAGCAGACACAAUGUGGGUGGUGUUCUUUAUAUUAUAUUACAUUAUCUUGCUUUAA